UGCGAUAACCAUCCAAUAUUGAGAUUAGAAAUAUGCAAACCACUAGUGCUGAUACUCUCAUCUCUGCUACCCUACUGGUUUGUGCACAUCGUAUUCACGAAGCAAUUGAAUUACUGUUAAGUUAUGACAAAGUUAAAGAAGCUUUAAUACUGGCGCAUUUCCGUUUAAAAUCAUCAGAAGUUGUAAUAUACACAGAAAAGUGUAUAAAACGAUUCAUUGAUCGUUCAAGUUCAGUUGAAAAGGUAUUCUUUUCAAUUAUAUUCAAUAUUGGUAAAAAACAAUGGAUAAAUGCUAUGAAAAUGGUACAUCGUGCAGUUGAAAUUUCUAAAAUACGACCUGGUAAAGAAAUUGAACAACUUUCCUGGUGUUGGGUUGGUAUUAAUCUUCUUCUAAAUGCAUCAUCUUCAAAUCAUAAUGAUUAUUUGUCAAAUGAAUGUCUGCGUUUAUCAUCAAUGUGUUUAACAGUUAGUUUUCGGCUAUUUCCAAAAGAACCGCUGUUUCUUAAUCGUUGGUAUGAAGCAUUUUCACGCCUUCUUUCGUCAUCAUCAGAAACUACACCCUGCCCGGGUAUAGUAUGCAGUUUAAUGUUAUUAAAUAUCGGUCAGAUUGCACAUUUCUGUAUGGUUAGCUAUCAGGAGGAGAACGAGGAGGCGGCGGCGUUGGUGGUGAAUAAUGGUGAAGAAAAUAAGGAGGUCGUCUAUGGAUGUCUUAAAAAUGAUUGGAUGAAAAGCAUAACUAGUGAUUGUUUAACAUACUUCAGCCAGUUGAUUGCAGAUCGUCAACCCUCUUCACUAUGGGAAGUUUGUUUAACACAUUUCUGUAUAGAUUUUCUAUUAUUUUAUUUAAUACACAAUCAUUGUACACUGAAUAAACUAGUUCAAUUGGAUACUCUAACCGCUUAUAUUGAUCGAUAUGAGGCUAGUCGAAAGUCUUGUGAGUGUAUAAAACCGAGAGAAACAAGUUAUUUAAUUAGACAUUUAUUUUCAACUUAUAAAAAGAUUUUGAUAACUAAUGGUUUGAAUACAGACUCUGAGAUAUGUUGUAAUGGUACCUUCAAUGUGGAUGCAUAG